CGCGCGCCCUCACCCCCACCCCACCUUCACCACCUCCACCACCUCCACCACCACCUCCUCUUCCACCUACACCACUCGACACACGUGCUCUGCCCUCGCGCCCCUCUCAAUUGCUCCUGCUCUGCUCUGCCUCCCAUCACAUCAUGCUCUCGGCCGCCGCCCGCCGCCUGCCUCUGGCGCGCCCCCAAGCCCGCCACCGUCUCUUCCAUGCCUCUGCCCCUGCCCUCGUCAAGGUCGGCGACAAGCUCCCCGACGUCGACCUUGUUGAGGGAUCGCCCGGCAACAAGGUCAACCUCGCCAAAGAACUGACAGGCAAAGGCAUCAUCGUCGGCGUCCCCGCUGCCUUCUCCCCCGCCUGCUCGGAGAGCCAUAUUCCCGGCUACAUCAACUCCCCCAAGCUCAAGCAUGCCGGCAAGGUCUUUGUUGUUUCCGUCAACGACCCGUUUGUUAUGAAAGCUUGGGGCAAGGCCCUCGACCCAUCCGGCCAGAGCGGCAUUCGCUUCCUUGGAGACCCCAGCCUUGGCUUCACAAAAGCCCUGGAUCUGUCGUUUGACGGCGCCUCCAUCUUUGGCGGCGACCGUUCGAAGCGAUAUGCCCUUGUGAUCGACAACGGUACCGUCAAGGCCGCCCAUGUAGAGCCCGACAAUACUGGACUAAACGUCUCGGCCGCCGACAAAGUCUUGUAGAGAAACCGGCAUGACAUGCCUAUACCCGCGGCCUAUAUGUCAGUGCAUCGCUGCCGCUCUUGGUGCCAGCCAGCCUGCAUCCCAUGCCACCUUCGACUCAGCCUUUGCAUACAAGAGCUAAUCGACUCGAUUACAAGCUGCAUCCUUUACGACGCUGGUAUGGGGAACCGCCGUGCAUUGACCAUAGUUGGUUCAAUACAUCAUGUUUACCAUCAUGCGUCUGCCUUCCUUCUCUUUUCGGACAAGGAAUUAGUCAUUGCAUUUACACGUCUCUUGGACCUUGUCCAUUUUUGCAAAUGAUUCGUUCACGCUCUUACUUUCCAAUCUUGAUGGCGUCCAGCAAUCUAUCCCAUACACCAUGGCCACAGGAAACCGCUGGUCCUAUUGCUCGCAUGCAUCUUCACUAGAGCACGAGACCCUUCAGGCUGAAACCCCUAUGCCGCCUCGUUGCUCAGUCUGCUUGAAGAUUGGGCAUGAGCAUCAAG